UUUAUCCCAAGCGGAGUCCAAGACCCCUUGCCUCAAUCCACCGAAAUAAAUGAAGGAUUAGACCAGGAUAACAAGGGGUAUUCGGGCUAAUCUUUCCAAGCAAACGAGCACAGAGGGAAUGUGCGACAGUGCGGGAUUCCGCGGAUCUUCUUGUGCUGGAUUAAAAUUUCUGAUUAGCCAUGAAAAGCUGGAAACUCGAAAAAAAAAAAAGCUGCACUUGUCCCGUCGACUACAGUAGCCAUGAUAAGCUUCCCUGAUGGCAGACGAAUCUGGAAACCCGCCCGCCAGCCCGCCCGAAAGCGCCAGGUGGCCUCCGGCAAACACCUCAGCAUUCGUCACCGCCAUAGUCCACAAUGGGGUAACAGCUGGCAUCGUGGGCCCCACAAUGUGGGACAACAUAACAUCCCAUAUGCUCCACUCCUGCCCUGGCUACAACUACAGCACCAAACAGCUCAAGGGAAAAUUCUAUCGGCUCAAAUCCGAGUGGAAAAAGUACCACACUCUCCUAAAAUCGGACCCUCGGUUCGAAUGGGACGACUUUCGUGGAAUAGUGAUAGGAUCACCCGACUGUUGGGCCCGCCGUCUAGCUGCUAAUCCGAAGGAUGCGGUUUUGAGGAGGAGACGAUGCCCGCACUAUAGGGACCUAACCGCAAUAUUUGAUGAGGGGUUUGGAGAAAACGAACCAUUGGUGCACUCAUUCACGGAGGUAAGCCGAAGCUUAUCACAAGAAGUCGAGUCCUCAGGGCCUUCUUAUGUUCGUGAGGCAAUAACUCGACUGGAAUCGAUGCAGGACUUACCAAACAAGGUCUUCUGUGUUGCAAUGACAAAGUUUGAAGAUCCGUUUUGGUGUCAGAUUUUUUCGCUCAUUACAACCGAAGAAAGGCGUCGGACGCUGCUCGAUUAUUGGGUGGAGGAAAGCGAGAAAUGACCUUCUUUGCAGUCCCAAGCUCAUGGGUGCGUUUGUCGAGAGCUUGUGACCGCGUGAUUGCGUUUCCCGGUGGUCUUUUCGUGUGCUUUGAAAUCAUAGGAUGUGUUUUUGUACAAAGGGAUGUGUUUGCUAGUGUGUAGUGUGGCUGGCUUUUGUUCUAUUGUUACUUGUUAGCCUAUAUAUAUGUAUGCAAGAACAGGUUUCUGGUGGUUUGAG